AAGGAAGGCCUUGAAAUUUCUGAAAGCUCGUGAUGACCCUCUGCUCGCAAUUGCAAACCUGCUCGCAAACUGUGCAUGGGGGUAAAGUCCUAGGUGGGGCAGGCGGCCUGUUUGCUGUGGCGAGUGUGGAGCAAUAAGGUUUAGAGAUGGCUUCAUCGUCUCUGCUGAGGCAGCGUCUACUUUGCGGUGGUUCUUUAGGUCUCCAUUUAGCUCGCAGCAAGGAGAGACUUUGUUCUGCGACAGGCGCACAAUGGUUUCAUUCACAAUGCUACCGCUCGACUGGGCUUCCUUUCCUGUUGGGACGGCAACCUCGCAGGCAUCGUGCCGGGGUCAUCUCGAUGGACGGAGGCGCUUCAAAAGCAAAACGUCAGAGCACUGCAGCUACCGCCGGUGGCGAAGCUGAGCCCGACCACUCGCUGAGAAGCAGCAUUGCGUCCAGGGCUGGCGAGGCCCCUGCAGAGGAGGCACUGGAGGAACAGGAGACAGAGGGCAUUGCGGAAGAGGAAGAUUAUGAGGAGGAGGUUGUAAUUGUCCAGCGGCCGGUGCGGCAGCGCAACGGCGCCAGCUACCAGGCAUCCGUGCGCCAGGAAGCGGUCCCGUCGCCGCCCAGUUCGAGUUACCCAGGGUCUCCUCUUUUCUGGGUUGGAGUGGGAGUUGCGCUUGCAGUUGCUGGGUCUUGGAUCGGGGGCAAGGUGAAAGAGCAGGCCGUGAACGCGGCCUGGAAGGCGAUGACGAGUGGUGCUGGUAAUGGCGGGCAGCCCGGCUUCAAUCCGAUGGGGGGACCCGGAUCGAAUCCUUUCGGCAUGCCCGGAGGUGCCGGCCCAAACCCUUUCAACUUCCCUGGCAUGCCCCCGAUGCCUCCGCCACCGUCUGGGCCCCAGCCACCUAAGGCAACAGUUACAGAUACAACGGCGACCCCCGUGCAACCCGCACCUAAAGCAAAGCAGCCUGCAACCCAAGCUGCACAACCCGCUGCAGCUGCUAAGGCCGAGGAAAGCACCGUCAAGCCCAAAAGAGCUUCCUUCAGAGAUGUCAAUCAGGAAGAGCUGAAGAUAGAGGAGCAGAAGAUCAAGGAGGAGCCCACGCGGGCAAACUUCCAGGAAGCUGAGGUGAUCAACGAGGGGACGAGCACGAGCGGUGGCGCAGCCUUUGGCUCAGGUGCCUCUGGCUCGAACAUGACGGUCGACAUGCUGGAGAAGAUGAUGGAUGACCCCAUGGUACAGCAAAUGGUCUACCCGCACCUUCCGGAGGAGAUGAGAAACCCGGAGACAUUCAAAUGGAUGAUGCAACACCCAAUGUACCGGCAGCAGAUGGAAGAAAUGCUUUCGAACAUCGGAGGCAACGAGCAGCUUAUGAAAGGCCUCGACAUAAACAGCCCGGAAGUGAAGGAGCAGUUCGAUAAGAUUGGCAUGACACCAGAAGAGGUGGUCGGCAAAAUCCUGUCCACGCCAGACGUCGCCCAGGCGUUCCAGAACCCGAGAGUGCAGGCAGCAAUCAUGGAUGUAACAGCGAACCCGAUGAACAUCAUAAAGUACCAGAACGACAAAGAGGUCAUGAACGUCUUCGACAAGAUUUCGACACUGUUUCCGGGUAUGCCUUAAGGAAGAGCGCACCAAGUCCAGCCAGCGAUAGCUGCUUUAGUAGGGACGAUCUUUGUCGUGCUCAUAUCUUGUCACGUGGGAACCUGGAUUGUUUGAUACCGGUACAGUAACUUGCGUCAUAGAUUCUAAAUGGAAAUAGUGGAAACAAGUGGCUGUGACUUGACAACUUGUGGCAUUGAGUAUGGCAAACGUACAUCAUUGCCAUUGCCAUGGUUGUGUUGUUCUCUCCGCGCGUGUUACCAAGUUGGACAUGUGAGUUUCACCCCUGGCA